GGCCCAGAACACCGGUGUGCAGGCGACUGAGCAGAGCCCCAGCCCCGCGCCCGCAGCUCCAACAUGCGCUGCUCCGAUCUCCUCCUCCUCUUCCUCCUCGCCCUCUGUGUCCUGCCAGGCAUAAGCUGCAGGAACCAGGAGGAGAAGCUGCUCCAGGACCUGAUGACCAACUAUAACCGUCACCUGCGCCCAGCGCUGCGUGGGGACCAGGUCAUUGACGUCACCCUCAAACUCACCCUCACCAACCUCAUCUCCUUGAAUGAGCGGGAGGAGACCCUCACCACCAAUGUUUGGAUCGAGAUGCAAUGGUCUGACUAUCGCCUGCGGUGGGACCCCGAUAAAUACGAUGACAUCCAGCAGCUGCGGGUGCCUUCCACCAUGGUCUGGCUGCCCGACAUUGUCUUGGAGAACAACAUCGAUGGGACAUUUGAGAUCACACUCUAUACCAACGUGCUAGUGUACCCUGAUGGCAGCAUCUACUGGCUGCCCCCCGCCAUCUACCGCAGCUCCUGCUCCAUCCACGUCACCUACUUCCCCUUUGACUGGCAGAACUGCACCAUGGUCUUCCAGUCCCAGACAUACAGCGCAAACGAAAUCAACCUGCUGCUGACAGUGGAGGAAGGCCAGACCAUAGAGUGGAUCUUCAUUGACCCCGAAGCCUUUACAGAGAAUGGAGAAUGGGCCAUCAAGCACCGCCCUGCACGGAAGAUCAUCAAUUCAGGGCGCUUCACCCCAGAUGACAUCCAGUACCAGCAGGUGAUCUUCUACCUCAUCAUCCAACGCAAGCCGCUCUUCUACAUCAUCAACAUCAUCGUGCCCUGUGUUCUCAUCUCCUCCAUGGCUGUGCUGGUCUACUUUCUGCCUGCCAAAGCGGGGGGGCAGAAGUGCACCGUCUCCAUCAAUGUCCUCCUGGCCCAGACUGUCUUCCUCUUCCUCAUUGCCCAGAAGGUGCCCGAGACCUCCCAGGCAGUGCCACUCAUUGGGAAGUACCUGACCUUCCUCAUGGUGGUGACAGUGGUGAUUGUGGUGAACGCCGUCAUCGUCCUCAACGUCUCACUGAGAACACCCAACACUCACUCCAUGUCUCAGAGGGUGCGCCAGGUGUGGCUGCACCUCCUGCCCCGCUAUCUGGGCAUGCACAUGCCAGAGGAGGCCCCGGGGCCACCGCAAGCCACCCGGCGACGUAGUUCCCUGGGGCUGAUGGUGAAAGCUGAUGAGUACAUGCUAUGGAAAGCCCGGACCGAGCUUCUCUUUGAGAAGCAGAAGGAGAGGGAUGGACUGAUGAAAACUGUGCUGGAGAAGAUUGGACGUGGCCUGGAAAGCAACUGUGCGCAGGACUUCUGCCAGAGCCUGGAGGAGGCGAGCCCAGAGAUCCGGGCAUGCGUUGAGGCCUGCAACCACAUCGCCAACGCCACGCGGGAGCAGAAUGACUUCAGCAGCGAGAACGAGGAGUGGAUCCUGGUGGGGAGAGUGAUCGACCGCGUCUGCUUCUUCAUCAUGGCCUCGCUCUUCGUGUGCGGUACCAUUGGAAUCUUCCUCAUGGCUCACUUCAACCAGGCGCCCGCCCUGCCCUUCCCUGGGGACCCCAAGACAUACCUGCCCCCGUGACAGGUCCAAAUGACAGGGUCUGGGGGUCCCUGGACCAGGCUCCCAGUGCCAAGUGGGGUGAUGGAGGCAUGGGGUGGCUGUGGUUGUGCUGAAUGUGGAAGUAAAGCCCAUAGUGGUCUCAUGA